GAGUCUCCCUCCAACCGAUCCCUUGGCGCAUCCCUCGCCCCUGCCUUCGAUCAUCGCCUUCGCUAACACUCGAGGCCGUUUGCGAAAGCCACGACCGCUGCCAUGGCUGCGCUCGGCGACGAUCUACUGGGGACCGUCAACAAGCUGCAGGACCUCGUCUUCAACACCAUCGGCAAUGAUUCCCUGGAUCUUCCGCAAAUUGUUGUAGUCGGGUCCCAAUCCGCGGGCAAGUCCUCCGUUCUCGAGAACAUCGUUGGCCGAGACUUUCUUCCGCGCGGCAGCGGCAUCGUUACUCGGAGGCCCCUCAUCUUGCAACUCAUCAACGUGCCCAAGGAUGAUGCUGAAGACGACGGCAAUGUCGGCUAUCGGAACCCUACCCAGGCUGGUCGAAAUGAGUGGGCUGAGUUCCACCACAUCCCCAACCGGCGAUUCAACGACUUUGGCGAUGUCAAGAGGGAGAUUGAGAACGAGACUGCGAGAGUUGCGGGGAACAACAAGGGCAUUAAUCGUCAGCCCAUCAACCUCAAGAUUUUCUCGCCACAUGUUCUAAACCUCACCCUCGUUGACUUACCGGGUCUCACGAAGGUUCCCAUUGGAGAUCAACCGACGGAUAUCGAGAAGCAGACGCGCAAUCUCAUUUCCGAGUACAUCGCGAAGCCUAACAGUAUUAUCCUAGCCGUUUCGCCCGCGAAUGUCGACAUCGUCAACUCGGAGGCCCUGAAGCUCGCCCGGCAUGUCGAUCCUCUGGGACGGAGGACGAUCGGCGUGCUUACCAAGGUGGACUUGAUGGACCACGGCACAAACGCGCUCGACAUCCUAUCAGGGCGCGUGUAUCCCCUGAAGCUGGGCUGGAUUGGAGUGGUCAACCGGUCACAGCAGGAUAUCCAGGGCAACAAGCCCAUGGAUGAGGCCCUCAAGUCCGAAGCCGAGUUUUUCAAGCAUCAUCCGGCGUAUCGGAACAUUGCCAAUCGCUGCGGCACGCAAUUCCUGGCCAAGACACUCAACACCACAUUAAUGGCUCACAUUCGCGACCGUCUUCCGGAUAUCAAGGCUCGGUUGAACACCCUCAUGGGACAAACCCAACAGGAGCUUGCCAGCUACGGAGACAUGCAUUUCAGUGGGAAAGAGCAUCGUGGCUCGCUUAUCUUGCAACUCAUGACCCGUUUUGCCACUGCCUUCAUAUCAUCCAUUGACGGCACCUCCACUGAUAUCUCGACAAAGGAACUUUGUGGUGGUGCUCGCAUCUAUUACAUCUUCAACUCUGUUUUCGGAAGUUCACUGGAGUCGAUUGACCCUACUUCGAACCUGUCUGCGGAAGAUAUCCGGACCGCGAUUCGCAACUCGACAGGCCCGCGACCGAGUCUGUUCGUUCCCGAAAUGGCGUUCGAUCUGCUGGUGAAGCCGCAGAUCAAGCUCUUGGAAGUCCCAAGCCAACGAUGCGUCGAGCUGGUGUACGAGGAGCUCAUCAAGAUCUGCCACACUUGCGGCUCCACCGAGCUCUCGCGGUUCCCUAGAUUGCAAGCUAAACUCAUCGAGGUUGUCUCGGACCUACUCCGAGAGCGGCUCGGCCCGGCGUCUGGGUACGUUGAGUCGCUCAUAGCAAUCCAGCGGGCAUAUAUCAACACCAAUCAUCCCAACUUUCUCGGCGCUGCCGCCGCCAUGAGCCACGUCGUCAGCAGUAGGCAGGAGCGGGAGAGGAAGCGCCUGAUUCAAGAGGAGCGUGAGCGGCGAGAGCGCAGGAGAAUGAAGGAACUGGGUGCGAAUGGUACGGACACCCCGGCCGACGAAGAAGAAGAGACCGCCGCAACGGAGAAGACGGAGAGCAUAGCGGUACGGAAAGCGCCCGCCAAGGGCCCCCGUAGUCUCUCACCGGCGGUUCGCGACACAGCCCACGGCGGCAUCGCUGCUGCUCUCAAUGGUGGCCGGUCUUCAUCUCCUUCCCGGUUCAACGGGCAGGGUCUCGGCAACGCCAAGGACUCAUUCCUUAACUACUUUUUCGGCAAAGAUGGUGCCAUCGCGUCUGGUGCCACGCCACCGAAUGCAAGCACGUCCCGCCACGUGAGCAACUCCGUAGAGCCGACAUUCAGCCAAAGCAUCAGGCGGCCGGAGGAGAAAGCUCUCCGAUCUCCUGUUCAGUCCGUCCGGGCUGACGACGCACUCGAUUUUGCAGGAGGCUCUAAAGGAACCGAUCUGACGAACCAUGGCGAGCCUGCCAUGACUGAGCGAGAGGCGAUGGAGACGGAGCUUAUCCGGGCGUUGAUCAGCUCCUACUUCAACAUCGUCCGGGAGAGCAUCGCGGAUCAGGUGCCCAAGGCCAUUAUGCACCUCCUGGUCAAUCACUGCAAGGAUGUCGUCCAGAACAGGCUCGUCAGCGAAUUGUACAAGGAGAGCCUCUUCGAGGAGCUUCUGUACGAAGACGAUACGGUGAAGAAGGAGCGUGAAAAGUGCGAGAAACUGCUCCAGACGUACCGGGAAGCGGCAAAGAUCAUUGGCGAGGUCGUGUAGGCUCCCGUGAUCUUCCAAGACUCUGGCAACGGCAA